AUGGCAGCAAGCAAUGGAGCUUUGGAGAAACCAAACGGGACUCACGCCGAGAAGCCCGAGGAUGUCGACGAAAACAAUGGAGGAGGCGUUUUCCAAAUUACCGUGAAGCUGCCGCACGAGCCUUACAAGAUUCAGGUCAUGGUAUCGAGCCAAGAGCAAGUUCAGGAUGUUCGCCAGUCUAUCGUCGAGCUCCCCAGCACUUUCCAGUACACUUGCUUCCACCUUGAAUUCAACGGAGAACGCAUCAACGACUUCAUCGAGUUGUCCGAGGUGGAAGGCCUGAAAGCCGAUUGCGAAAUAAGCUUGGUGGAGGAUCCAUACACGGAGAAAGAGGCUCGUAUGCAUCUUAUCCGAAUCAGGGAGCUGGUUGGCGCCGCCGGUGAUCGCGUGGACAACCUCCAAGGUGUCUCCGCUGGCCUUUCCCUUCACGACUCGGUAGCAAAUGAGGAGACUUCUGAAUCCGACAAGUCUGCCUCAGCCCCGGAGCAUCCAUUGUCCGGCUAUGACCCCAAUGCCGCUGGUCACUUGAAUACAAUCCUCCCUCGUAUUCAAACCCCGGCACCCAAGACAGUCAAGGCAAUUUCCCUCUCGCCCUGGAAUCCACCUCCAUACAGCCUCCGACAGAAGGGCCACUUGCUCUACCUCCAAGUGACAACAAACGAGGGCGAACAACACCAAGUAACCGCCCACGUAUCUGGGUUCUACGUCAACAAGUGCUCCAACAGCAAAUUUGACCCGUUCCCUCGCGCAGCUCCCAAAAACGUCAGCUCACAUUCGUUGCUGAACUUAUUAUCACAGCUUUCACCUUCUUUUGAGAGCAGUUUCCAAGAUUUGCAAGAGUCAAACAGCCAGCGUGAUCUCUUGACGACAUUUCCUUUCCAAAAUGCUAUUCCCAAUAGCCCUUGGUUGGUGUCUCCCUCGUCUACUGCCCUAGUGGCCCACCAGUCAGAUGUUGCGCGAUCCCAGGAAAACUUCCUGCUCUCUGGGGUGGAUAACUCCGAGACUCUCCGGGACUGGAACGAAGAAUUCCAAACCACACGAGAGCUUCCGCGUGAAGCUGUUCAGGAUCGAGUCUUCCGUGAGCGCUUGACCUCGAAGCUUUUUGCAGACUACAACGAUGCAGCUGUUCGCGGCGCCGUGUUGGUCGCGAGAGGCGAGGUUGCCCCCUUGAACCCUACCGAAAGCCGCGAUGCUCAAAUUUUUGUGUAUAAUAAUAUCUUCUAUUCAUUCGGAGCGGACGGCGUUGGCACUUUCGCUUCCGAAGGUGGCGAUGAAGCCGCACGCGUUGCCGUUGGCAAAGACGUUUUGGGUAUCAAAGCAGUCAACCAGCUGGAUAUCUCUGGUCUUUUCACGCCUGGAACUGUUGUUGUCGACUACCUCGGAAAGCGCAUUGUCGGUCAAAGCAUCGUGCCCGGUAUCUUCAAGCAGCGCGAACCCGGUGAGCACCAAAUCGACUACGGUGGUGUUGAAGGGAAAGAAGUCGUAGCUGAGCACCCCGAUUUCGUCCCUGUCUUUGAGAAGCUCUCCAAAGCUUUGCGAGUUAAAAAGCACGCCGUCUGGGACAAGGAAGGAGAACGCCACGAUCUAGAGGGUAGCGUCGAGACCAAGGGUCUCCUCGGUACUGACGGCCGGAAAUACGUGCUUGACCUUUACCGCAUUUCUCCUCUUGAUGUCUCGUGGGCUGAGGAUGAGGGAGAAUACCCUCACCACAUGUCUACGCUGCGUCUCGAGUUGGUCGAGGCUUACUGGCGGUCUAAGAUGAGUCAAUAUGUGAAGGACGAAGUGGAAAAGCGACGAAGCAAGAAGGCCCUUGAACAAAAAGAGGAGUCCAAGGACGGGGAGGCAGAAAAGCCUGACGAGGAUGCGGAACGUGUCGAUAUCUCAGGCUUCAAUCUCGCUCUUAACCCAGACGUUUUCAGCGGCCAGGUGCCACAGACUGACGAGGAGAAGAAGGAGUGGGCUGAGGAUGAGAGUGAGGUUCGCAAUGCCUGCAGCUAUUUACGGUCCAAGGUACUUCCGGAGCUUGUCCAAGAUCUUCAUGAGGGAGAUGUUGGCUUCCCAAUGGACGGCCAAUCCCUGAGCCAGCUCCUCCAUAAACGCGGUAUCAACAUUCGAUACUUGGGACAAGUUGCCAAGCUUGCGCAGGAGAAGGGACACCGCCUUCGCUCCCUGUCUGUCUUGGUGACCCAGGAGAUGGUUGCCCGUUCCUUCAAGCACAUUGCCAAUGGCUAUCUCCGCCCUCUCCCUCUCCCAUUCGCCGCUUCCUGCAUCAGCCACCUCUUCAACUGUUUACUGGGCGCAGACGUGAACGACAAGCCCAAGGCAGACGUUGAUGAGACCAUGCGUCAGAUCUACCCCGAGGCUGACCUGGACUUUGAGUCCGUCACCCCCGCGACUCUUCGAGCCGAGAUUGAGAAGCAGGUUAAGACUAGAUAUCGUUUCUCCCUUCCUUCAGACUGGGCUAGCUCUUUGAGACAUAUCCAGCUGCUCCGUGACGUUUCUAUCAAAUUGGGUGUCCAGCUUGUCUCGCGGGACUUCCCCUUUACCAAGGCUGAAGCACAGGCCCAGGAAGCUUUAACCGCAAAUGGUGUUGAUGCAAGCAAGCACGAAGAAACCAACAAGAAAAAGAAAAAGAAGACUGCCGGAGACAAUGCCUCUCCAACUCGCAGUGCAGCUGUUAAGCCUACCACUACAUUUGUAGCGGAUGAUGUAGUGAAUAUCACCCCAUUAGUGAAGGAUGCAUCUCCACGAAGCUCGUUGGCGGAAGAGGCCUUGGAAGCCGGACGCAUCUCUUUGAUGCAGAACCAGAAGCAGCUCGGCCAGGAGUUGAUCUUGGAGUCACUGUCUUUACACGAGCAGAUCUAUGGUAUCCUUCACCCUGAAGUUGCCAAACUGUACCACCAGUUGUCAAUGCUAUACUAUCAGACCGACGAGAAGGAAGCGGCUGUUGAGCUUGCCCGCAAGGCUGUUAUUGUCACGGAGCGUACACUUGGUGUUGAUUCAGCCGAUACCAUCUUGAGCUAUCUCAACCUGAGUUUGUUUGAGCACGCCAAUGGCAACACGAAAAUGGCUUUGAUCUACGUCAAGCACGCAAUGGAUCUCUGGAAGAUUAUUUACGGACCAAAUCAUCCCGACUCGAUCACAACCAUGAACAACGCUGCUGUCAUGCUGCAACACCUCAAGCAGUACCCCGACUCACGCAAAUGGUUCGAGUCCUCGCUCACCGUCUGCGAGGAGCUGUUCGGCAGACAGUCGGUGAACACGGCCACCAUUCUGUUCCAGCUUGCUCAAGCGCUAGCACUUGAUCAGGAUUCGAAGACUGCGGUGAGCCGUAUGCGCGACGCGUACAACAUCUUCCUUGCCGAGCUUGGCCCCGAAGACCGUAAUACAAAAGAGGCCGAGAGCUGGUUGGAGCAACUGACCCAGAAUGCCGUUUCCAUUGCCAAGCACGCCAAAGACAUUCAAGCCCGCCGUCUCCGAAAGGUCAAUCUCAGCACACGUGUUUCAUUGGGAACCAAGCCCCAGGCGCAAGUCGGCGAGACAGCACCGGACUCUGCCAUUCUUCCCCAGUCUCCCGCUGGCAGUGGCCAGAUGGACAACCGGAGCAUUGAUGAGCUAUUGAAGUUCAUCGAAGGCGGCGAUUCUAGUAGCCAGCGCUCCAAGCAGAAAAAGAGGGGCACUACCAACCCCAAGCUCCGCACUGCGAAGCAAUCAAAGUGA